CCUCGAUCCAAAACCCUUCCACUCUCUCCUCUGUUUAGGAAUGGGGAAGCGCCUUCUGCGUCACUAAUGGCGUCUGCGGUGUCGUCGGCCGCACCGGGAGUGGUGGCGCAGGAGCCACUGCCGCUGGAGGUCCCUCCGUGGCUCAAAGGGCUCCCAUUGGCGCCGGAGUUCCACCCCACCGAGCAGGAGUUCGUCGACCCCAUCGCGUACAUCCUCAGGAUUGAGAGGGAGGCUUCCUCGUACGGCAUCUGCAAGAUCGUGCCUCCCUUCCCGCCCGCCCCUAAGAAGACGGCCGUGACCAACCUCAACCGCUCCUUCGCCUCCCGCAACCUCUCGGGGAGCGGCGGCCGGAAGUCGUCCUCCUUCACCACGCGGCAACAGCAGGUAGGGUUCUGCCCCCGCCGCCCCCGCCCCGUGCAGAAGCCCGUCUGGCAGAGCGGCGAGCGGUACACGCUCCAGCAGUUCGAGGCCAAGGCCAGGCAACUCGAGCGCUCCCACCUCCGUCGAUCAGCCGGCCGCAAGGCUGCCUCUUCGGAGGCUCUCUCCCCGCUCGAGAUUGAGACCCUGUUCUGGCGAGCCUCCGCUGACAAGCCCUUUGCGGUGGAGUAUGCCAACGACAUGCCUGGAUCAGGGUUUCCGCUGCUGGCCCCUUCCACCCGGCGCUGGCGUGAGGACGCUCCGGCUAAUGUGGGGGAGUCUACAUGGAACAUGCGGGGAGUGUCGCGAGGUAAGGGAUCGCUGCUGCGGUUUAUGAAGGAGGAGAUCCCCGGGGUGACAUCCCCAAUGGUCUACGCAGCAAUGUUGUUCAGUUGGUUUGCUUGGCAUGUUGAAGACCAUGAGCUGCACAGCUUGAAUUACCUGCAUAUGGGCGCGGGCAAGACCUGGUACGGAGUGCCGAGGGAUGCUAGGCUCGCAUUCGAGGAGGUCGUUCGUGUGCAUGGCUAUGGAGGGGAGGUGAAUCCGCUCGUGACUUAUGCAAUCCUGGGUGAGAAGACCACAGUUAUGUCUCCUGAAGUACUUGUUGGAGCAGGAAUCCCAUGUUGCAGGUUGGUUCAGAAUGCUGGUGAUUUUGUUGUCACUUUUCCUGGGGCUUAUCAUUCUGGGUUCAGCCAUGGAUUCAAUUGUGGCGAAGCAGCAAAUAUAGCUACUCCUGAAUGGUUGAGAUUUGCCAAAGAAGCUGCAGUGAGGAGGGCUUCAAUAAACUAUCCUCCUAUGGUGUCUCAUUAUCAAUUGCUAUAUGCACUUGCAAUAUCAUCAAGCAGAAGGAUGCCCAUAGGCGAUGGAAGCGAACCACGAAGUUCUAGGCUAAAAGAUAAGAUGAAAGGAGAAGGAGAAGAGGUGGUCAAAAAUGCAUUUGUUCAAAGUGUGAUUCAAAAUAAUCGCCUCCUUGAUAUUCUUCAGGAUGCUGGAACAUCCUGCGUAGUUCUUCCACAGAAUGCAUCUGAAUGUUCUUUCUAUUCAAAUUCACUGGUCAGGUCUCAAGUCAAGGUAAAGCCUAGAUUAUCACUUGGUCUGUGCAGUCAUCAAGAGGCUGUAGAUGCAUCACGACUUGUUCCUUCUAGUGAUGUUGGUCCUGGAUGGAAUUCAAGAAUUAGAAAUUUCAAUGGGUUAUUUUCAUAUGGAGGAAAUUCAUCUGUAGAAAGCGAUAAAAUGAUUUCAUCUAGUACAUCUGAUGAACAUGCUAGUCCUUGUGUCCUCUCCUCAACCUCUGUUUUACAAAAUUUGGAAGGUGAAAAAGAAGGGACAAUACAAGCUAAUGGUUUGCUGGAUCAAGGAUUGUUGUCAUGUGUAACAUGUGGAAUUUUGAGCUUUGCUUGUGUGGCUAUCAUUCAACCAAGAGAGUCGGCAGCCAAAUAUCUAAUUUCUGCUGAUUGUGAUUUCCUUAAGGAUCAUGCUAUUGGUUCUGGAGAAGUUACUGGUGUAAAUACAAAUACAAAUUGGAAGUCAAAUGGAAACAAUUUGGUUGCCGACAUUGCUCAGGGUUCAGACCAGAGUGUGGAUAUGUUUUCUGAUGUUACAUGUCCGAGAGAUACUUCUGCACUUGAUCUUUUAGCUUCUGUUUAUGCUGAUACAUCCGACAUCGAAGAUGGUGUGCAAGAUGAUGACAAAAAUGUCGUGGAAGAUUCAACACCAUGUAAUGGCAAUCAUUACUCUGAAACUGCUGUUGCACUCCAAAAUCUCUUCUCGAAGGAGGCUGCAUGUGAGUUGGACUUGUGUUUGGCAGGAUCAGACUGUCAAAUUGCUACAUCAGCUCAAAGUCCUCAAUCUGAGGGUGUUUCAUAUAAUUUAGAUGGGAAAACCAAUUGUUUUGUGGAUGGCAAAAGCCAUCUAAAACCAGAGUUAUCUAGUCCAAGUCAAUCAGAAACAGGGGACAUAGUGAAUACAUCUGAUUCAGAGGAUAAUGAUACUGUAUGGCUCAAGGGGGAACCUAGAGAUGUGAGUUGCAAGAAAUUAUAUGGUGUUUGUGAGAAGAUCGUGACUACUGGAAAUUACUACAGCAUAUUGAGAAUGGGAAAUCAAACAUCUAUUUCAUCAAAUAUUUCUGUCAAACGUGAUAUUUGUGGCAACCCAACUGUGCCAGGAUUUAAGGCUGGGAUACAUUCAGAAAUGAGGAAUUUUGAUCCAAAAUUGUCAUUCUGUAUGCCAACCAUGCAAGGAUCUGACAAGGAUUCUUCUAGAAUGCAUGUAUUCUGUCUUGAGCACGCUGCAGAAGUUGAAAAACGUCUGCAGCCAGUAGGUGGGGUGCAUAUGAUGCUUCUAUGUCAUCCAGUUUAUCCCAAAAUAGAAUCAGAAGCAAAGUUGCUGGCAAAAGAAUUAGGAAUUGACUAUGUUUGGAAGGAUGUUAAAUUCAGGGAGGCUGACAAAGAAGACCAAACAAAAAUAAAAACAGCCCUAGAUGAUGAAGAAAUCAUGCCUUUGAAUAGCGAUUGGACUGUGAAAUUGGGAAUCAACCUCUACUAUACUGCAAGCCUCAGCAAAUCACCUCUCUACAACAAGCAAGUUCCAUAUAAUCCAAUCAUAUACAAAGCCUUUGGUUACAACUCUGUUCGUAACUCCCCUGUGAAAUCACAGGCUUGUGCUAGACGUCCAGGCCGGCAGAAGAAAAUAGUUGUUGCUGGUAGGUGGUGUGGGAAGGUUUGGAUGUCAAACCAAGUUCAUCCAUUUUUAGCCUACAAAAAUGAAACUCUUGACCAGGAGCAGACUGAAGAGGUUUUCUCUCUCGAUCCUGACCUGAAACCUUUGGUGGAGACUGAUACAGAUCAUACUAGCAAAGCAUCAUCCAAAAGCAAUGGUGACAAUCUGUCUGCAAAAAGGACCGGAAAGAAGAGGAAGAAGUCUAUGAUGAAGGCAAAAUCUAAGAAACCCAGAUACUCCAGGGUAGAGAGAAAUCCAAAAAUGGAAGAUGUAUCUGAAACUCCAGCAUCAACAUUGGGAAGGACUCUAAGAAGCAGUCAGUUGAGGCAGAAGGAAGGCACUAGCCAGCUUAAAUUGAGUUCCAAAAUUGAAUCAGGAGGUCCUAGCACUUGUCUCAGGAAACGACCAUCCAAGUCUGAAGAUCUAAAGAAAAAAUUGGCUGUCAAGAAACAAUUUGCAAAGAGGAAACCCAGAAAAUCUGAAACCGUGAAUCUUACAACCAAGGAUGAGGAUGAACAAUAUACAUGUGACAAACAAUCUGGAAAGAGGAAACCCAAAAAGUCUCAACCUGUGAAUCUUACGACCAAGGAUGAUGAUGAUGAUGAUGACCAAUACACGCGUGAUAAACAAUCCGCAAAGAGGAAACCUAAAAAAUCUCAAACUAUGAAUCUUACAACCAAUGACGAGGAUGAACAAUACACAUGUGAUAUUGAGGGCUGCUUCAUGAGCUUUGCCACAAAUCAUGAGUUGUCAUUACACAAGCGAGACAUUUGCCCAGUAAAAGGUUGUGGGAAGAAAUUUUUCUCUCACAAGUAUUUGGUGCAGCACAGGAAGGUACAUACUGAUGACCGACCAUUGGUCUGCCCAUGGAAAGGCUGCAAGAUGACUUUCAAGUGGCCAUGGGCCCGAACUGAACACAUACGGGUUCAUACUGGGGAUCGCCCUUAUGUCUGCUCUGAACCUGAUUGUGGCCAGACAUUUCGUUUUGUGUCGGAUUUUAGCCGCCACAAGCGGAAAACAGGGCAUUCUGUAAAAAAGUGUCGAAGAUGACUGUGAUCCAGACUAUUAUCAGACUGGUCCGUGAAGUCUCAUUUGGUGCAGGUAAUUUGAAGAUUGUAAAAUAAUGUUCUUGAUUGAAUGUGCCAUUGCUGGCGCUGCAGGUAGAAGCCUCACUGCAUGUUCCUCCAUUAGUGAACACUAAUCUUUCUAGUUUCCACCAUUGAUCCAAUCAAAUUGACAUUGAUUUGUAAGUUAUCUUAAUCCAUCAGUCGGAGACUGAUGUUGAUGCAGCUGCCAGAAACCUGCCUGACAUAGCACCCGCCUAGACAACUUUAAUUUUGUUGAUUGCCCCUUUGUAGAUAAGGGCACAUCUCUUCUAAUUAGUGAAUGUUGAUGAGCUCUAUUACCCCGUUCUUUUGUUUCCGGCUCCAAUUGGAGGCCUACGGCCGUAAGCUAAUGCAUGUUAUUAGCCAGUUCGAUAAUAGUUUGACGGACAGGUGAGCCUGUUGCUAUUUCCUAUGACAUUGUUUUAUAUCCUUGCAGCCAUUAGUUUCAUCUCUGUUAAAGAUUGUUGAGCUUAACAUGGUUAAUAGUAGGUUUCUAAUUUCUUAAAUUAGUUUUGUAUC